AUGAGAGCAAUUCGCCUUGGCUUGGCGGAUCAGAAAAGCCGAUUCCAGAUAUGGUCCGCAAAUAUCGGUGCAAGAGACGUUGGAACAAGCUCCCUAGAGUAUAAAUUGAGAGAUGCAUCGGACAUUAGCCACACCAUUUUGGACACCUUGGUCGACUUGGCGCAGCUUCUUCAAGACUAUAUCGCCAUCGUCAAAGGCGACGUGGUACCUUGGGAUCAGCUGCCAGGAGAAGAAAGCGAGAUGAUUGAUGAGGACGCUCCAGCCACCGAAGUCGAACAGAUCACCCUUCACGUCAAAGAAGUGGUCGAGAGUCUUCUGGGGCUCAGCGCCACUGUGCAGCAUCCAGCACCCCACGAUUUUACCGCUUUCCUGGCGGCGAACACAACGCUCAAUGAAAGGCGCGACAUGAAUCACGUUCAAGAAUUGUACCCGACAUUGUUGCACUGGCAAGCGAUAAAACUCACUGGUGCGCUUUCAAGAAUACGACAAUACCUGCGAUAUCGGCAAGACUCUCGAACAAAGUCUACAUUAGGUGCAGGCGAGGAUCAAGAUAGAAAAGGCAAACGAAAAGUGCCGAGUACUUUUGAUUUGCCCACGCCAAGAAGCAAAACACCUGCAGAGUCUUCGCCACGCCAGAGUGAUGGACAUGGGGAUCCAGAAGACACAUGGCUGCCGUCUUAUACGCCCUCUGCCGGUCAGCAACGCAUACCACCCCUACCUCAAGAGGCUAGGCUUGGGCCCUUCGAAUGUCCCAUUUGCUGGUGCUUUGUCUUUUUUCAGGAUGAAAUAAAGUGGAAGACACAUGUGUUUCGGGAUCUGCAGCCAUAUGCCUCCUCCUCGUUCAAAGCACAUGCCGGCAGUUUGCAUGCGGAUGAUCUCACCGUUUAUGGAAUGGCCGCGCUGCUAAGCCUUGCGAAAGUAGAACGAAAGUGGACGGAUUUGGAUUGCCCAUUCUGCUGCGUUUCGCAGCAUUCGGCAGCCAUUUAUUUCCAGCACGUGGGAAGGCACAUGGAGAAACUCAGUUUGUUCGCACUUCCUUUGGUGAGCAACGACGUUGCUGGUGUCACAGAUGAGCAAGAAGGGGCCUCAAGUGCAUUCGAAGAGACCUCACUAGGAUUCGAGUCGUUUCCGUACAGUGACACGAGAUCUGUCUCAGAUUUCGAUGAUGAGGACUCGAAUGGCUCAGAAACAUCACACGAGGAUUUUGGCAACACGGAUGAGCGCCAAGAGGUCGUAGACAACGCCGAAGAGAGUGAACUGCAGUCUACUCUCGCCCAACUGAGGCCGGCAGUGUUGGAGGGCGAUAUAGACAUCGUUCAACGGAUACUGCUGGAAACAAGCAUUCCCGACGACCCGAAAUCGAUGUUCCUCGCGGCUCGUGCUGGUCAUCACCUUGUUAUUCAGCUACUCCUUGAGACCGGCUUCAAGCCGGACCCAUGUAUACCACUCAAAGGGCCGAGAAAUCAUUUUGCCACGCCAAUGUUAGCGGCAAUAGGCCAAAGCAACCUCCAAGUCGUCAAGGUACUGGCGGCGGCAAACGGUUUUGAUCCCACAAGGACACGGUUCGAUGGAAGACUAUACCACGAAAUUGCUCGGGAGAGAAGGGGCCCCAAUUGGCUGGAAGAAGAAAACAUUCUGAAGACUGCAUACGAGAGCUAUAGAAGAGUUGCUUCCAGUAGCCAAGGAGUCUGA